AUGGAGCAACUUGAACAAAAUCAAGUCGUGCUGAGAGAGGACAUAGAUGCUAUGAACCAUAAGGUGGGCCAAAUGUUGGAAGCUCUACUAGCUUUGUCAAAGAACAAUGUCCAACAUCCUGUCAUAGAGAAUGUUGAUCCUACAUCUGGCUUUACUGUGGUGAACAAUCCAAUAUACGAUUCUCCUCCUGAAAUGGAUGAUCCUAUCCAACCUCAUCCAGUGCACACCGCUGUAUCUAAUCAGAUCCCUACAAAUCAAGGACACUCCACUAUUCCCGAUACGCAUAUACCACCUCCUCAUGCUUCUAAAAUGUCUCAAUGUGCACAGACAAACCCAAUGAUUAACACCAGAGCUCCUCAGGAUACCGAAGUUAUUCAAAUGUGUCGUGUCAUGGAAGAACAAAUAAGAGCCCUAGAAGGAAAAGACACUCAUGGUCUGGAUGCUAUUGACAUGUGCUUAGUGUCAGACAUCGUAAUCCCGCCAAAGUUCAAGAUGCCUAAAUUUGAGAAAUAUAAAGGGUUUAGUUGUCCAAAAACUCAUUUGACGAUGUUUAUUCGGAAGAUGGCCGCGUACGCUCAUUAUGACAAGUUUCUAAUCCACUGUUUUCAAGAUAGUCUCAGUGGAGCGUCAUUAGAAUGGUAUACGCAACUGAAAAGAAAUGAUGUACACACCUGGAAAGAUUUGGCUAUGGCAUUCCUAAAGCAUUAUGAGUAUAAUAUUGAUAUUGCUCCUAGCCGUACACAAUUGCAAUGUCUCUCUCAAAAGAGUAACGAGUCGUUUAAGGAGUACACUCAGAGAUGGAGAGAGUUAGCUGCUCGUGUUCGACCACCAAUACUUGAUAGGGAGCUGGUUGAUAUGUUUUUGGGUACCCUGCAAGACCCAUACUUUGAAAAGAUGAUCAGUUGUGCGUCAUUAGGCUUCUUUGACCUAAUGAUAAUUGGAGAACGCAUCGAAAGCGGUCUCAAAAAUGGAAAACUCCAAGGUGCCUUGAGUAGCCAUACUAGUGAGAAGGAAUGCUUUAGUGAUUCCCAAAAGGAUGGGGAGGAAGAAACUGAUGCAAUUUGGGAAGCUCUGCAAGCUCCACCUCAUAUAUCUUAUGAUCAACAUCCGUAUGUAGCAGGUAUUCAAUGCCAACAACCACUGCUUCUUAAUCCUCAGUUCCAACAACCACAAGUUGUUCCUUAUGUAAAUCAGCAAGCCCAAGGCAGUGGAUAUCAGAAUCGGUGUGAGCCUCGAAAUAAUCUAGAAAGAAGGAAUUCUCCUUUGGAUCCAAUUCCUAUGACCUAUAGUCAACUUCUGCCACAUUUGGUUCGAAGCUCGUUGGUGUUUCCCAAGUUUCUUAAGCCACCAAAAUCAUUUCCACCUGAGUACGAUUUCAAUGCGCAAUGUGGAUAUCACGCUGGAACAGUAGGACACUCAACUGAGAACUGCAAUGCCUACAAAGCCAAAGUUCAAAAGUUGAUCGACCAGAAGUACCUGACCCUUCAAGGAGGAAACUUGUUGAUGAAUGGCAACCCCAUACUCGAGUGA